AUGAAAACACUGCGCAAGUCCUUGAACGGACACAAGGACAAUUCACCCUCCAUCACUACGCCCCUCCCGCGUCUCUCCAAACCCUCCGGUGCGGUUCUUCCCCCAAGCAAGGUCAUCAAGGCGCUGCAAACCUACAAGGCGAAUGCACCGCAAGAGCUAUCUUUCGAGAAGGGAGACUUCUUCCAUGUCCUCAACGACGUCAACAACGAGGGUGUCUGGUACGAAGCACAUAACCCUGCGACCGGGGCGCGCGGUCUCGUACCGUGUCAUAUGUUCGAGGAAUUCGGAAGAGGGCCGUCCAAACCUCGCGUCGCUGACGCCGGUGCAGCGGACAGACCCCUAUCUACUGUUAAGCAGCAAGCAUUCUACGCGAUCGUCCUGCACGACUUCACAGCCGAGCGUGCGGAUGAGCUGGACGCAAAGGCUGGAGAUACGAUCACUGUCGUCGCACAAUCCAACAGGGAAUGGUUUGUCGCGAAACCGAUCGGACGACUGGGACGGCCAGGUCUGAUCCCUGUAUCGUUCGUGGAGGUGCGUGACCCUGCUACAGGGCUGGCGGUGCAAGACAUCAUGGCACUCAUCGACGGCGGUGCGCUCCCGCGGGUCGAAGAGUGGAAACGUGCCAUGUUGAAUUACAAGGCGAACAGCAUUAGCCUCGGCGUGCUAGAGGAGUCUGUGGCAGCCAACUUCGCCAAGGCGCAAGCAACGAAGCAGAUGCCUCCUCUUCCGACCGCGACCCCGCCCCCUCCAUCGCAGCCGCAGCCGGUCAAGCAGAAGCCCCCCUCUCCUAUUUCGCGACCCAUCUCCCCCAAGCUUCUUCCCGAAGGUAUCCUACUUUCCGCCGACGUCAAGUCCUUCCAUUUCGAGAUGGAGGAGUACUGGUUCCGCAUCCACGCCGUCUUCCAGCCUUAUGACCCAUCCGACUCACAUUCACUGCCCCCUGCCAAGCAGCUCGUGCUUUUCCGAUCAUACAACGAUUUCUACGAUUUCCAGGUUGAAAUUCUCAAUGCGUUCCCGCACGAGGCCGGACGCCCUGACGUCAACACCAGAAUCUUGCCCUACAUGCCGGGACCUUCUGAUCAAGUUGACAACGAGGUCACGGCAGCCCGGCGGAUUGAGCUGGACGACUAUUUGCACAAGCUAUGCGAGCUGCAGCUUUAUUCUAGGUACAUCUUAGAAGACAAACUUAUCCGCGAGUUCCUGGCUUUGAAGCCUGGUGACGCCGAGGUCGAGGUCGAGCCACGCAUGAAGGAGAUUGCGGCACUCGCGCGAGCGCCAGAUGCCAAUGGGCAGGCUCACGAGUCUGACAACGUGGACCCCGAGUAUGGCGUAACCCAAAUAUCACAGCUGCGGAUUUCCGGGGAAGCGAACGGCCAGGGUAGCGACGGUUCUGACUACGGCGACGGAGAUGUCAUGAACUCCCCAUACGACCGGGACUCGUCCGCGUACGUGUAUGGUGAGAGGGAGCCUUCCCGCAUGUCCACAGAGCAAACGUACAACACCACGCAGCCAUUGCGGCCUCGUUCCCGCACGAAUGGCCACGAGAGGACCGAAAAUGGAAUAUCCUUAUACGGGCGAUCGUCGCCUGGACCUGUCGCGGCUCUACGUUACGAUUCAUACCAUGCCCACAGCCAGUCACGCUCGUCCGUUGCAUCCUCCCAGGAGCCAUCCCCGGUUUCGACGCGGGCGUCGCAUGCGGGGUCUACUGCCACCUCACGUACCUCUGGCUCUGGACGCUCUCGUUCACAGUCCAACGCCACCUACAAUCCCCCCAUUUCUGCAAGUAACCCCCAGAUUGCAUUUAUGAAGAUUAAGAUCUUCGAUAAAUCAGCGGAAGACAUUGUCGCUGUUCGGGUGCACCCACGCGUCACUUACGCGCAGCUGCUGGAGAAGGCGAGCCAACGGCUGAACUGCCAUGUAGAGCGACUGCGGUAUCUUGACAGCGAAACGCGGCAGUUCAUUGACCUGGAAACCGACGAGGACCUCAGAUUCUGGUUAGACGACACAGAGAAGCAUCUCCUGUACGCAGCGUAACUCCCUGCUCGAUGCGGGUCUAGUAUCUUUGACAAUUUCACCCUAUUUUAUUAUCUUCUGCUAGUUCCAUCUGUAGUAUGUUCAGUCGUAUAUGGAGACAUUUUCACUGUGCAUUCCCAUAUAAGAUACAUUGUUGUAGUUUCUCUGUUUUGUAGCAUUCUGGAUCUUUAGUUCAAUCGAAAGUGUACAUCUUCGACUUCGAAUUUUAUUUGUAUUGGCUCGCACCCGAGCCGUCAUAGUGA